AUGGCGUUUUUGCACUCAGUGCUUAAAGAUGUCCACGAUAAACAACCUUACGAAACGGGUAAGGGAUUCAUUGAUUCACUUGUUAAGAACACUUUACAGCCUAAUUUGCAUUCAGGUCACGAUGGUUUCUGCACGGCCUUUCCUAAGGUGAGUGUUCACGUGGAAAGGUAUAAUAAGGAAGUCAAGGCGUCGAAUGAGAAGAUCAAGAGCAGAAUUCAAGGCUUAGAAAAAGACAUGAAGAUUCUCAAGAAAACGGUAAGUGAAAUAUUAGGGAAAAAUUCUGACGCAGAUGAUGCCAUGAAAAUUUGCCAAGCGGAGGAGUUGGUGGACAAGACGCUGGCGGAAUAUAAGCAGAAAGCUGAGCACUUCACUAAUGACUUAGACGUUAACAAUAGCUACAAAGAUGCGAUUAAAGCUCUUAAUAGUAGUUUGCGCGUUACAAUUAAGCACGUCCAUAGUACGAUGGCACAUGAGACGAAGAGGCUUGAGAAGGUGCGUGAGGCGGAGGCUGCGGAGUUGCAGGAGACGACGGAGAAGAUUCAGAGCGUCCUUGCCGCGGCAAAAGAUUGUGUGAAUACGAACAUAAGUGAGGUUGUGACAAAAAUGGUCCGCGACUUAAAGCAAAAAGUGCAGAAAAUCUUAGACCAGCUGAAGAAGAUUGCUCAGGAGCUGGAGAAAUAUAUAAAGGAGUUGGGACAGUGGAUUAGCAAAGCGGAGGCAGCAGUGAACAGUGCGUUAGGAAGAGUGGAAUCAAUAUUGAAAGAGGUUAACGAAAAGGAUUCAGUUACGCAGCCAUAUAAAAUCAAGCAAGCUUUAGAGCAGAUUAAGACUGCAGUAACGAUGCUUUACGGAGCUGGCGAAGAUGCAAAGAAAUUUGUUGGAGAGAAAGUCAAAUCAGCCCUCGAGGCCGUGAAAACGAUGGAUGGGAAAUUAAAGGAGGAUUUAUAUAAUGUCAAGGAGAAUAUCAAGCGGGCGAUUAAAGCAUUGGGAACAAAGUUGGAGAAGAAUGUGAAGGAUGAUUUGGGGGUGUUGGAAAGUGGGAUUAGGAAUGCGUUGACGCAGCAUGUGAAGAGUGUUCUAAAAGCGAUUAAUAAGGAAGUUGAUAAAAUUAAGAAUGGUGAAGGUCUUGAUGGAUUUGUGACUCACGUGACUAAGGAUUAUGUUAAAAAGUUCAAGGACCAGGGAUUUGAAGGCAUAGUACAGAAAUGGAUUGAUGAUAUUUUGAAAACGAAUGACAUUCUUAAAGGUGCAAUUGAUUCGUAUGCCUCCCAGCCCAACGGUUUGGGUACAAGUGUUUUUGAGUUUCACACGGAUAAGUUAGCCAGUGGAACAGGUGGGAUUAAGGAUAGCCAUACUAAUGAUGUCGCGGAAGCAAUCAAGAAUAAAAUUAAGAAUGGUAAUUACGGCAUCGAAAUGAAAUUUACGGAACCGCGUGGCGAUGGCGGCCAAAAUGACAAAGUUAAUGAAAAUAUUAAGGCUGUUUACGAUUGCAUCAAUAACUUUCACACGAAGCUUGGUGAGAAGAUUAAGAACAAUCCAUCUGUGCGUUAUGGGAGAGAUGAGUUUAUUAAUGGUAUAGUUGGGGCGAUUGAAGGUGUCUUGGUAAAAACCGGGAUGGAAUUUACUAAUAAAGGUUAUCUAAAAGAAGCCGUCCAAAUUAUUCUACAUUCCGUCCACGCCACAGCGACGCAGUUGGCCGAACAAAUCAAAUUGCUUGCCGGUUACGAAGACAGCUCCAGUGUCUACAAAAUCAAGAAGGUGGACGAGGCUUACACGAAAGCGACGACGCUGCAUAGGGAGCUUGAAGAAGCAGCCAGAGAAUCCUCCGGCAGGUCUAAAGGGUACGUCGCAAAUCAGAAGAUUCAACUUGCCACCUACAGGCAUGACAAGGCUGUGGAGGUGGAGCUAAAGCAGAACUUCCCUACAAAUGGAGCUCUCGGUCAAAACAAUUAUACUCUUGGCCCCAGCCUCAUGUCCCAAUUCCACGAGACCCACCAGAAGCUCCAACUCGGCCAGAUAGCAAGCGCCACCAGCAGUGGUGGUGGCGAAGACGUGCUCGAGCAGCAGCUGAAAGAUGAUCCAGCGAACGGCACUCUGACUGGACAACCAGAAAAUAAAAAAGUCACGCUUCAAGGAACUACAAGUUUCACCAAAUACAAACUGCAAGUAACCCAAUCCACCGUGACCGGUGACAUCGACAACCUUGCAGGCGCCCUUCCAGACAAGAUCAAGGAAAUCAGGACGCAGGUGACGGAGGCUCUAAAACCAAUCGCCCAAUUCCAUGGCUUUGCAAACGAAGAUAUUAAGAAAGUCACCGACAACCUCACGGAGCUUUAUAGAGUUAUCAAACACGAAGGCGAACAAUCCAAAAGCGAGUUGCAACUUUUGAAAAAUACGUAUUUUAAAGACCAUGAUUUCACAGUUACCAGACUAGUUAGGGAUAACAUCAAGAGAAUUAAGUAUGACCUUGAGCAACUGAAAACCGUUGAUCUAGGCGGAGCCAUAAAGGAGGCCGAAUACUUUCUAACCGGCGCCGAACCAACCUGCAAAGCCACAAUAAAAUCAUUGGAGGACCACGUUAAAGCGCAGGCCGCGGACGCCGAAGCCAAACUCACCACCCACGCACGGAAACGGUAUGUGAACUCCAUACAGACUCUGCUGACGGCAUUUUCCGAUAAGGUAGAGGAGGAAUUAAAGCCUCUACCAAAAGAGAUUGCAGAUGACUUAACGCUAGGCUUCAAGGGGUUUAUGUCUAAAUUUGAAGAACAUUUUAUUACACACCCUAAAUCAAUCAGAGGUAUUAAGGACAUUGAAAAUAAGUUUUCACAAGAAAAAUCUCCACUCAGCCAGGCGGUGGUAAAAUUACAUGGAAGUUUUAAAAAGUUCUUUCAUGAUUACCAAAAGCACACAGACUUCAGUAAAGAUUUCAGAAAAUUUGAGGCAUCGAAAGAUGCAUUGCAGAAAAUGCUGGCAGAGCUCAUAACAUCGCAGCACUUCAACCAGACAUUUAUGGAAAAUUCAGAGUCGCUCGAAAAUGAGCUUAGCAAGCUUAACCCUUUAAUAAUUGGCGAAGCAGAGAACCCUUUUAUUGUCGACGCUUUAAAGAAAGGCUUCUCGGGCCUCAUCGAAGAGCUUGGCAACACUUACAUAUCGACGUAUUCGGAGCGUGAAAUUAAUUGGCAAACCAUCGGCCAGGAGGAAAAAGAAAAGUACGCAAAAAUCUCCUUGACCCUUACGCCCACCGUAUAUGAAGCAUUAACGCAGCUCAAGGAGAAACUGGAUGACACAAGCACUGGAUGGAAACUUAAUAACAUUUAUAACAAUUCGGUUCCCAAAUCCAGUUUACACGCUCUUUUUUUCCGUGACAACGGCUAUGACUCUGCUCUUCCUGUUGGUGCGGAGCACGGCGAGUUGAACCAUAAGCCAGAGUACAAAGGUAGCCGCAUUCUCACAAAUCUUAUGAAUAAUAAACAUAAUUUGUUCGUUACCAGUAAUCAAUCACUUUCCGCUCUCCGUUCCGGUACUGAAGAUAUAGCCGUCGAUUUUGUCGAGGAAACCGGAAUCAUCCAUAGGCUUCGUGAUUACCUUAAUGAAUACUUCGACAUCUGCCACCUUACUCACAUUGACAAACCCAGGUCACCGUGUAGCGUAUUCGAAAUGUCCCUAUGGCUGUCCGGCCUUCCGCAUAACCCCAUUUAUGAAAAACUUAAGCAGCAGAUUACGACUAUGUUCGAAGUGCCAAGUGAGACAGAUCCUUCUCAGAAAAUCGUGAAGCCUAUGAAUGCCUAUCCACAACAGUUUACAGAUGGUGAAAUACAUUCUGCACUUGAACAUGUUACAUCGCACGCGUACUCACUGCUGACUGGCGUCGUUGGGCAUGGUGAUGAUGAAACGUUUUACGCGUGGAGAGACCUGUGUGAAGUGCUGGGCGAGUUGGUCGGUGCUGAUGGCGUGUUCACAAAACUCUACGCGCCACUCACUUGCCUUCUCAACCGUGCACCUAUGACGUUACCUGAUGUGUUUGCUUUCUAUUACAGCCUGGCCCUUGCCGACAAAAUCACGGCUACCGUGGGCUGCGAUCAUAGUGAUGCUGUGUCGUUACUUGAUCCAUGCAAAUAUAUGUAUGAAUCCUCAUCGCACUUUAUGCACGAGACCAAUGUGGACCGUGACCUCAGCUAUUUUGUUGGUUGUGGUAAACAAGAUUGCGGUUAUUUCAUGCGCCCAUUAAACUCUGUUGCGUAUUACUGCUUUGCGCCAAAACACGCCGACAAAUAUUUGUCGUGGAUACUUGGCUGUGCCAACCAACUCGUUAGAUUUUUCGAGGAGUUGAAGCAGGCAUUCUGUAAUAUUUCAUGUGUUGACUCUGGGUGUUCGCCGUGUCUUAACAGCGCUGCCUGCCGAGGGGGCAAGCAUGGUAAUAAGCCCUGCGGUUGUCGAUCAAUGGUCGACUGCAAAGGAGUGUCUCCCACAUUCUAUCGAUUCGGAUUAACGUUCCCGGAUGCUUCAAACAGCAGCAGGAAACAAUGUUCUCAAUUCUGCAAAGCACUUGAAGACAUAUUGAAAUCCGGAGCAUUGUCAAGAUUUUUAAAGGCCAUCGACGAAUUCAUGUUCACAGUCAGGAAGAAUUUCAUAUGGACACUGCUAGCCCUCUGGUCCCUCUCUUUGCUCUACCUGCUGCACAUCACCGUCGUCCGCCUCGACGUCCUGAGGAUACGCUCCCACCUGAGAUCACCCUCAAGCCACCGCAUCGCCGCCCAGUCCCUCCUCGCCGCCGCACGCGUCAAGGCACUCGCCAGCGUCAAGUACUUCUCGCCAUAA